AUGGGUGCCAUGGAGAAAUUAGACAGGAAUGAGAAGAUGCCAAAAGUGACUAUAGACGCCGUGGAUCUUGGCAAUAUUCCCCGUUCUUACCCAGAAGAUUUGAACAAUGUCUCUAUUGCUGAAAGAUUGAUUCGCAUGAAAGCCAAGAUGUCCAGUUUCCAGGAUAUUCUGGAUCAUACCAUUUGUGAAAAUCUCACAAUAAAAGAACAAUUAGACAAGAAAUUAUAUUCACAGAGUGUCAUAGAACCCAGGAAAACAAAUGCAGUGCCCCCCAAAAGUGUCAAAUCAGCCGCAUCUGAGACAAGGAUGGGAUAUUCGGAAAGCACAAAAAGAAACCACCCGAAAGUUUCACAUCUACGUGAGAAGUCAGCUGAUCGAUUAAUACAGGAACACUGGUUAUUACAAGAACAAUUAUCAUUGUUUGAAACUAAGAUAAAGGGUAUACGAGUACAUGAUGUGUCCGGUAUGGACAGUAACCGACUGUUAUGUGGUCGUCCUUUUAGAGGAUGUACAAUCCUGUGGAAAUCUGGACUUUUGUGUAACAUUAAACCAAUAGUAUCUGAGUCUAGAAGAGUGUGUGCCGUGAUGAUAGAAAUGGGAUACAUGAAAGUGUUAUUGUGUAACGUGUAUAUGCCUUGUGCUAAUUCUAAUGAACAUGAAUUUGACGAUACUUUAAAUGAAAUAGGAAAACUUAUAUAUGAAUCAGAUACGGAUUAUAUUGUAGUGGGUGGGGACUUCAAUACAGACUUAUCUAGAACAACCUCGUAUCAUACAAUCCGUCUGAAGGCGUUUUGUUCAUCAUAUACACUGGACUUUGCUCAAAAACAUGAUACUUCUAAUGUUGAAUAUACUUUUGAAAGUAAAAUAAAUGGGGAUAAGAGUACUCCUCUUUUCUGA